CUGUGUUUAAGCCCAAAAGAAUGAAUGGAGCAUGAGUGCUCACUCGAUCCCUAAUCUAAACACUUUGUUUGUCCAAGCGUUUUGGUCAACGAUUUACAGCCCAGAGCAGAUCGAUCCCCUUUUGUUCUCACUCACUCCACUCCACUCUCGUGACCUCGCCGGCGUCCGAGCUCCGGUGCCCCGUCCUUCUCCUCGCCUGGCCAGGUGCCGGGGUUACUCCGUGGCCGCAGCACCCAGUAACUCCGCGGCCGGGCAUCCUCGGCGGCGGAUCCAUCCCGCUAGGUUUUAGAUCGACAACGCGGACAGAAAAAACAAUCCAGUGUUCGCCGUCAUACGCAGCUCAGCUCAUCGAGCAGCCCAUUUAUUCCCGUUACUGGAAAAAAUCCACUGUUCGCCGUGCUUCAGUCUCGCCGCUGGCUCCCGUUGGAUUGCGCCGGCACGGGGUCGUUUUUGUAGCUUUACGAGGAAAUAAUCCACUGUUGAAAUUCAGGGUUUACAUCGAGGACCAUGGAGGGGAUACUGGUGAGUGCAGCAACGGGGGCCCUGGACGCCGUCCUGGAGAAGCUGGCCACUUUGCUGGUCAACGAGUACAAGCUUCACAAGGGGGUGCGCGGCGAGAUCAAGUUUCUGAUUGAUGAGCUUACCGCCAUGCACGCCUUUCUCCUGAAGAUGUCGGAGGAGGAGGAUCCUGACGUGCAAGAUAAGGUAUGGAUGACCAUGGUGCGGGAGCUCUCCUAUGAUAUAGAGGACUCCAUCGACGACUUCGUGCAAGGUGGCGAAGGUGGUGUCGACGACAAAGAUGCUAAGCCAGAUGGCUUCAUAAAGAAAAUCAAGCACAUUUUGGGGAAGUUGGGGAAGAGGAAGGCCCACCAUCGGAUGUUCGAAGAUUUGAAGAAACAAGUCAUUGAGGCGGGCGAGAGAAAUGAAAGGUACAAGACACGUCAGGUCUUCUCCAACACGAAAAAUGCGACCGUUGACCCUAGAGCUCUUGCUAUCUUUGAGGAUGCUUCAAAGCUUGUUGGAAUGGACGAACCCAAGGCUGAGAUAACCGAAAUGUUGACUAAAGAAGAUGGGGUUGCAUCAACACAACUGCAACAAGUGAAGAUGGUCUCCAUCGUUGGAUCUGGAGGAAUGGGCAAGACAACUCUUGCGAACCAAGUGUAUCAAGACCUCAAAGGCAAAUUCGAGUGUCGGGCUUUCGUGUCAGUGUCAAGAAAUCCAGAUAUGACGAAUAUAUUGAGAACCAUUCUCAGUGAAGUUAGUUGUCAAGAUUAUGCACACACUGAAGCAGGGAGCAUACAACAACUCAUAAGCAAGAUUAGUGGUUACCUAGCAGAGAAAAGGUAUUUUAUAGUGAUAGAUGAUAUAUGGGAUGUUAAAACCUGGAAUGUGAUUAAGUACGCAUUACCCAUGACCGGAUGUGACAGUGUAAUAAUCACCACCACUCGUAUGAGUGAUGUCGCGUGUUCAUGUCGUUCAUCAAUCGGUGGCCAUAUUUAUAAUAUAAGACCUCUUAAUAUGGCACACUCACGACAACUGUUUCAUGGAAGAUUAUUCAACUCCGAAGAAGAAUGUCCUUCAUCACUUGAAAAAGUUUCUGACCAAAUCUUGAAAAAAUGUGAUGGCUUGCCUUUGGCGAUCAUUGCUAUAUCUGGUUUGUUGGCUAACACAGGAAAAACGGAACAUCUAUGGAACCAAGUGAAAGAUUCAAUUGGUCGUGCACUUGAAAGGAAUCCUAGCGUCGAAUGGAUGAUAAAGAUAUUGUCACUCAGCUACUAUGAUCUGCCUCCUCAUCUAAAAACUUGUCUCUUGUAUCUUAGUAUAUUUCCAGAAGAUUCUAUUAUUGAGAAGAAAUACCUUAUAUGGAGAUGGAUUGCCGAAGGAUUUGUUCAUAAAGAAGGGAGAUAUUCAGCAUAUGAGUUGGGAGAGAGGUGUUUUAAUGAGCUUGUCAAUAGGAGUUUGAUCCAACCUGUGAAGCUGGGCAAGUAUGAUAAGGUGCUUAGUUGUCGUGUUCAUGACACAAUUCUUGAUUUCAUAGUAUCCAAGUCCAAUGAAGAGAACUUUGUUACUUUUGUUGGUGUCCCCAGUUUAACUAUCGGUACACAAAGCAGAGUACGUCGGCUCUCCAUGCAAGUUGAAGGGGAAGGACAUUCUGCCAUACCGACUAGCCUGAUACUGUCUCAUGUCCGAUCACUUAAUGUGUUUGGGAAUACAGUGAAAAUCCCUUCAAUUAUGGAGUUCACUCAUUUGCGCACUUUGGACUUUGGAGGUUGCAGUCAAUUAGAAAACCACCAUCUUGCAAAUGUAGGGCAUCUGUUUCAGCUAAGGUACCUUGACAUUAGCAGGACCGAGGUAAGUGAGCUUCCGGAACAAAUCGGACAUCUACGGUGCUUAGAGAUGUUGGACAUAACAGGAACAAAUAUAUCUGAUUUACCAGCAAGUAUUGUCAAUCUCGGAAAAUUGGCACAUUUACGUGUUAGUGGACAUGUUAGGUUUCCUGAUGGAAUUGCAAAGAUGCAAGCACUGGAAACGUUAAAAUGGGUGCAUGCCUGGCAGUCAUAUAACUUUCUGGAAGAGCUUGGGCAGCUCAAGAAUCUGAGGAGGCUGGACCUUAAUCAUAUGGAUGUUGCCCAAGAGCACAAGGAAGUUAUUGCUUCUUCUCUCCGUAAGUUAUGCACACAGAACCUUUGUUCUCUAAGUAUGUGGAAUGAUCAUGACAGUAUCUUACUGAACACAUGGUGCACCGCUCCGCCGCUUAACCUACAGAAACUUGUUACCUUUGACUCAACCCUCCCAAAGCUUCCGGACUGGAUAGGAUCACUUGUGAACCUGCAGAAGUUACGCUUGCAAUUGGAGAGAAUCCGGCAUGAAGAUUUGUGCAUCCUUGGAGCAUUACCCGCUCUGCUCACUCUGGGCCUUGAUGGAAUGAAUGAUCAGUCUUCUUGUGAAGAUAGAAGGCUGACAGUCAGUCCUGAAGCUGGCUUCCGAUGCCUGAGAGUGUUCACUUAUAUGGUACAGGAAGAUAGGAUGAUGGAUCUCAUGUUUACCGCAAGAUGUAUGCCCAAGCUGGAAAAACUGGAGAUUAUUUUUAGCGGCAACAUUGAAAAUGAAUCUCUCAGCAGUGCUGGUGCUUUUGAUUUCGGGAUCGAAAACCUCUCCAGCCUUGUUACUUUCAGAUGUGAGUUAGAUUGCCGGGGUAUCAAGGGGAGCACUAUUGAUGCUGCAAAGGCUUCAGUGGAGAGAAUAGUCAGCACACAUCCCAAUAACCACCUUAAUCUAAUCUUUGAUGAUGGCAUUCUUCGGUUAUGAAUUAAGGCCAGGCGUGCACGUAUGUCUUCUCAUUUUUUUCAACAUCCUACUCUUUGGAUGCAUCAGUAGCAGAUUGGGUAUUUCUGUGGCCUGGCUGAUGUUGGACAGACACUCUAGUCUCCCUUGUUGAAUGGGCUAAAGAUGCUGCUGCACUUCAUGAUGAAGUUCUGCCGGAUAUUGCCGAUCUUCUGCUAGGUCUCCCUCUUGAGGUGAUCAUUCUUCUUGUUGAUUACUUCUCGGUACUACUUAAGAUGAUACUACUAUUACCACUAUUUUCUUUCUGUUUUUGCUCUCCUCUAAUCGUGCAUUUUUGGCAGUUGAUCAAGUAAGCUUUGUGCCACUGUUAUGCUAGUUUCUUGACUAAACAUAUCGUAAGCUCUCCUUGCUGUCAAUAAUUUCCUAGCAGGCAAAAGGUACUAUAAGUGUAACCAGAGGUAUUCAGAUAUGUCACAAAAACUUACACUAAUAAAUUUCUUGUUGGAACUAACCCCUGGCUGAGAAACCAACAGAAAAUGUUUAUCUUUAGAGGGGUUCAAAGGUUUCACAAGCGUUGGUAUCUACUAGUUUAAGUCUGGACAUUACCAAUAGUGGUGUAAUGGACUGCACCAAAAACUGACCACUCAAAUGCAGAAAUAUAAUUUUGUACCUAGAUUCUUGGUUGGUUGCUCACGACCAGCAGAGGUCUUGUAGUCUAGGUAUGAUUAUUCAUGUCUCCGCAUCUACCCGUACUUUAGGCAUCUUUCACUUAAUAACUUGAUCACAUUCAUUCCAAUAUUUAUGUAUCUCUUUUUAUCAGAUUGUUAAUUUGUCUUGUCAGGUUGGGGUGAAAAAUCAUGCAUGCAAUCAGACGCUUCAUCACUUAACUUGUGAGGUCAGCUCAUCAUUUAUGUGAAGAAGUAUGUCCAGGUUCUCAGCGAUGCGCCGUUUUUACUUCAUUUGUACGAGGAUGAAUCCUGCCUAGCUUCCUGGAGGUACUUAUUCAAUGCUAAAUCUCCAUUUUUGCAUUAUACAGAUCUACUCCAUGCGUGGCUGCACCCCUAUGUAAUUGCUACUGCAGAAAUAUAUAUAACCUGUGGUGCAAAUUGUCCUGCCUGCUAUUAUUUAAUUCGGCUACUGCAAGUGCUUCUUUACUCUUAUAUGUGGGCCUUGUUUUGACUAAUUGCAUUUUCAUGGAUCCAUUAUAUUUGCUGCAAGAAUCAUUAAUGUUUUAGUUGUAUUCUUGAUUAUUUAUUAUAAGACCAUUCAUCUUGUCAAUUGCUUGAUCCUUUGCAACUUCGUAUGAUACUACAAUAUUUUUGGUCCACCUGUAGUCAGCAUUGGUUAUGUCCUUGAACAAGAUCUUUGUAAAGGCUGCCAUCAAGGAAACGCCCUAGCACUGUUACAGUUUCUUGAAAUAAACAAUUCAUAAGCCCUUCACAUUUUCUGAACACUCUGGAUAGUGUCAUGCCUACUAUUUUUAGGGUAUAAUAUAUACGCUUGCCAUUGCUGCUAAAUUCUAACGGCGCUGAUCAUUUGUAGUGCAGUGCUACUCUCCAAAUACUUGAACGCCUACGAUUUAGAUGAUGUUUAUUUGUACAACGUUCUACAGCUACUUUCCGAAUGCUUUUGCAGCGAUGAUGCUGCACUUCUUGACUGCAUUUGCAUCCCUGAUGUGAACAGAGAGGCAGACGGCUAUUCCAUUGUACAAACUCUAUUGGUCUAAUCAUCUUUUUCUAAUAAUGUACCUGUAUGGCCGGAUUUCUUUACUUUGUUCUUGACAUUGUGUGUAACCAUCUAAACUUCUUCGAAAAGUUAUCGGCAGAAUUCACUCGUAA